UGAGCGCUUGCCCUCCUCAAACCAUACCACUGGCAGCCGAAUAGUAGAUAGGCGUUUGCUUUGACUUUUUCAAAAUAGAAUCAUAGAUGUAUAGGAAGUGGAAAAAAAAAUCCAGUCAGGCCCCCAUGUAGCACUGCACCCAGUUUCCCCAGUGUGACAUCUGGCACCACUAGAGAGCGCUGCCACAACCAGGAAACUGCCGUCGGUACCAUCCAACAACCCUGCCCAGAUUCGUGUGUGUGUGUGUGUGUGUGUGUGUUCACACGUGCAUAUGCUUCUGUAACAAUUCUAUCACAUGUGCAGACUCACAUCCCACCACCAUGGGGAAGUUUCCCACCUACUUCUCCCACGAAAGUCCCUGCCCCACCAGGGAGAGUCCUCAAGCUGGUUUCCUAUCCCUCCACUGCCUCAGCCUCAGUCACCGGCUCCCCAAAGUCAGCUAGUGGCAGGUUUUCCCAGGGAGUCAUCACUGGAGGUUCUUCAGGCCGCGGGACUUCUCAGAUACAAGGCUCUCUCCUGCAGUUGAAUUUCAGUUUCCUUCUCUGCGAAGAUCCAGGUUCACCUGGUCCCGCCCACACCUGUCUACUCAGCUGGCUCUGACUGGCCCCACCCACUCAUGCCUUCUCAAAGUGGACAUUCCCAAUUGCCUUUUCUGUUUACGAACAUCAGUGGGGCUGCCCAGGGUGCCUGGCUAAAAAGAGCCAUGCAGCUGGGGAAGCAGCUGAGCUCCAACCAUGGCCAUGACGUGCAUCUGGCUGACCGUGGUGGUGGUGGUGGCUCUGGCCAGCGCAGGCCCUGUCCCCACUUCCAAGCCCAUCACAAACAGGAGGAACUGCCACAUGGGCAGAUUCCGAUCUCUGUCGCCGAGGGAGCUGGACGCCUUCAGGAAGGCCAAGGAUGCCCUGGAAGAAUCGCUCUCCAUGAAGAACUGGAGCUGCACCACUCGCCCCUUCCCCAGGACCAGGGACCUGAAGCACCUGCAGGUGUGGGAGCGCCCUGUCGCCUUGGAGGCUGAGCUAGACCUGACGCUGAAGGUCCUGGGGGCCCUGACCAACUCGUCCCUGGGGGCUGUCCUGGACCAGCCCCUUCGCACCUUGCGGCACAUCCACUCGGAGCUCCAGGCCUGCGUCCCAGCUCCACCCACAGCAGGCCCCAGGCCCCGGGGCCGCCUCCAGCACUGGCUGCACCGGCUCCAGAAGGCCUCGAAGGAGGAGUCCCAGAGCUGCCUGGAAGCCUCUGUCACGUUCAACCUCUUCCGCCUCCUCACACAGGACCUGAAAUGUGUUACCAGUGGAUACCAGCGAACGUGAGAAAACCGGCCCAGCCCAGCCCACCUGGGCCCUAGACUCUAUUUAUGCGCCAAGCCCCGUGUCUGCUUAAGUUAUU